AUGAUGGAGCUGCCGGACUACAACUUCUACGAGUUCAAGGAGUCUGAACCUAACCCGUACCAAGGCACGACGCUGGACAGGAGCAUUUUGUUGGACCCACCUGCGCCUGUCUUGACCGCGCCAAAGUUCGAGUUCUCCAAGCUCGAGAACGGCAUGAAGAUUGCGUCGAUCGACAAGCAGGGUCUGACUGCGCGUUUGGGACUCUACGUGCAUGCGGGGUCUCGCUUCGAGGUCCCAGGCAACCUGGGCGUGGCCCACAUGGCUGCCCUGAUGGGCUACCGGUCCACUGCACACCUCAGCCAUCUCAGGACUGUGAAGACCCUGGAGCAGCUCGGUGCCCACCUCAGCUCCUCGGCCACUGCAGGCCGCGAGGAGAUCGCUUACCAGGUGGAGCUGCAGCGUGAGUACUUGGCCCUUGCGGUCCCUCUCAUGAUCGGCAACGUGCUCUUCCCGCGCAUGCUGCCGUGGGAGGUGAAGGCAGCGCAAUCCGACGUCCCCACCGCAAAAGAGGCCCUCAUCAAGGAUCCGGACAACAUGGUCAGCGAGCUGCUCCACAAGGCCGCUUACUGCAACAACACCCUCGGGCUGAGCCCUGUGGCAAGCGAGCGGUCCAUGAGCUACUUCACCCCAGAGACCAUCCGGGGCUACCUCCUCGACCACUUCGCACCUGAGCGUAUGGUAUUCGUCGGCGUUAACGUGGCACACUCUGAGCUCUCCAAAUGGGUGAUGCGUUCCUUCGCGGACUACAACGCCAUCCCUCUGAAGAAGCGGGAAGACAAGAAGGCGCUGUACACGGGUGGCGACAUGCGCAUGGAGGGCGCCUCGCCCUACUGCCACCUGGCACUUGGGUUCGAGUCCACGGCCUUCGGCCAGGCGGAGUUGGCUCCGGUGGCCUUGGUCCAGGCUCUCCUGGGUGGUGGCUCAGCAGUCUACAGCGGCAUCGGCUCGGGUCUUACCUCGCGCCUCUCCACGCAGGUCCUCAAGCAGAGCCCCUACGUGGAAAGCUGCGCAGCCUUCAACACCUCGUACUCGGACUCCGGCCUCUUUGGAGUCUACGGAGUCUGCCAGCCGGAGAAGGCCCCGGACUCUGAUGAAGCUGACGGGGUUUUCCUCACAGUCGGGGCCAGAUCACAUACCUCAAGGUACUAG